AUGCAUAUGCCCACCUUCGGUCAGGUUGCCACUAUUGGCAUGGCGCUUUUCGCCGCUGCAGCUAUCGCUGCCCCUGUUGCUCAGCGGCUUGAGGCUGACGUUGUCGAGCGCUCUGCCGAGAUUGUCGCUCGCGGUGAUGGUAUCUCCGCCUUCGCUGGCGUUGAGCUCGCUGCCCGCGGCGACCUUGAGCAGCGCAACAAGAAGAAGUGCAAGCGUACCAACAACAAGGGAUACUGCACCGACUCCGACGACGAUAAGAAGGAUAAGAAGAAGAAGCAGUGCAAGCGCAACAAGAAGGGCGACUGCUCUGAUUCGGAGGACGACAAGAAGGGCAAGAAGCAGAAGCAGUGCAAGCGUAACAAGAAGGGCGACUGCUAUGACUCCGACAAUGACAAGAAGGACGACAAGAAGGACGACAAGAAGGAUGACAAGAAGGACGACAAGAAGGGCCACUACUGA